AUGGAAAUGCCAGAGCCGCUGAUCUGUCGUGAAGUGGCAAACGCCUUGGCGGUUAAAGAAUACAUAGAAACCUCCGCCAUCCAGAACCUGCUCCUUCGCAACCCAGAACGGUACCGAAAUGUUAUCUGUGACCGAAAUCAAGACGCGGCACAGUUGGCACUAACAUUUCCAGCCAAUAUACAGUAUCAAACUCAAGAUCCAUUGAGGGAGCAGCAACGGAUCUUCCGGAUGUUCAUUGAGUAUAGUGUGUACUCAGGGAUGAGCAUCACGGAGGCACUGGAUACCGUUAGGACAGCGCUGAACAAGUUCUUGGAUGAUCUGUAAGCAGCCAGCGGAUGCGAUGUUGUAGGAAAUGCGAGUGUACGAAUGAAGGAACAUCGGUGCUGAAGAUAGUGUGCAAUACUUAGUGAAAGAACAGAUAUGUAGCAGUGUCUGGGUUAAUACAACUGGAACGAAUACAUGACUUUAGCAAUCCGGCGAAGCAGGUUGGGAACAUCAAAACCAUGUCGUGUUGAUACCCCAGACACUUGUCAGAAAACUCAAGUCAGACAAUUGUGCAAUUGUACAUGUUAAACAGCAUUCAGGAAAUAUGUACAUUUCUUUAAGGCUAUCUUAUGAAAGAGUGUUAGAGCCUCCUCGGAAUGUUUACAGUUGUAAACCAUUGUGGAGAGCCUAACCCGGUUUGCUCAUACAAGUGCAGUACAGUAAACUUAUACCAUUCAAGUGCAUCUAAGAUAUUCCAAGUCUUCCUGUUACCUGUGCAUUGUA